AUGCGCAAAAAAUGGGCUUUCCUGCUUCUGCAAUUUGUGGUUUUAGCUGCAAGCUGCAAGGACGAUGAAGCUUUCUGGGUCACAAAUGCGCCCAAAGGGCCGCAUGGAGCACACCUUCAAAACCAAGUGGACCGGUCAAAUAUGCAGGGCCCACAUCCUGCUGUCACUACAAGGCUUCACGAGUUUGCGGGAAAAUCGGGAGUUAGCACCACAGGGACAUUUUCCACAGCCUUAAAAGCUACAAGGCGUACUGGCAGAGGGCAGGAGCAGCCGCAAGAAGCCAAGAGUGCCAAUCGACUGAGCGGAGAAGGCAGCAGCAAAGACACAGAAAAGGGGGCGAAGGCGCUCGCGGUUGUGAUUUCUUGGUGGGAUGUACUACUACUGCUGCUUUUGGGUCUGCUGGCGCUGUGUAGUUCUGCCGCACUUCUUGCUGCUAGUUUUGUGGGAGACGCCGGAAGGCGCUACUGCGAGUACUGGGGGCCCCUACGGCGUUUCAUCAAAAUCCGCAACAAAAAAGCCGCAAGCCUACAGAUCCUGGCUUCCCAGUAUGAGCAAAUUAGUGAGGAGCGAUCGAGAAUUGCUACGCUGUGGUUUGUGGCGAGGCAAAUGAAAGAUAGCGGGGACAUGCCAAUUUUUAGUGGAAUGCCUUUCAAAUUCGUGUCACACACCGAUGGACUGUUUCUGCCGCCAGCCUCCUGGUCUCGCUCUAUUUCCAUGCACCUGUUUGUCAGCGUCCUGCUCUCCCCCGGAGUGUCCAUUGUUUCCGUGGCUCUAUGUGCUUCUGCUUCGCUCUUGAAGCAGGCCAUCCUCCGUAAACAGGCCGAAGAGAUGGAAGCCUCGCUGGAUAGCAUCCGUCGUCGCUACCAAGAGGAGCGCUCAGAGUCAUCCUCUGACAGUUCGGGCGUGAGCGGCAGAACAGUUGAGUCGCUCGUGCACCAGAGGAUACAGGCGGAGGACAAGCAGCAGGACUCUAGUCGUGCGUCCUCCGUUUCCCGUUCUGACUCUACCCCUCGCACUUCUUCUUCGAGGCGUCUGAACCGAGCGAGCAACAACACGCGUGCGCCAAAAGGUAGAGGAUUGCAAGGGCCGUCUAGGGCUUCCGGGGUUUCAGGUGUAAGUCGCUGGAGCGCCUCUUGUAAGGGUAGCCAGACAGAAGGCGUGACGGCGACAGGCAGAAAGAGGAAGCAUCCUAAGCGGCAGGAAGGACAGAGCGAAUACGACACAGACGACGCGCUGCCGCCUGAAAUUCCAGGGAGCAUCAAAAGAGAUGCGUUGCUCGCGCACAAGUUUGACCAGCUGGCUCAGCGGAAGCUGGGGAUCCUAAGGAGAAUCGUCCGAGAGGCCGCCCAGCACGAGCCGCACUCUACUGCUCACCCAUAG